UCCUGGCGAGUUGUUGAGCAACCCUGCAGUGGGGGUGAUCGCGCCGGCCCUCGCUAGAUGUCAGGGCGGGUGUGUGCGCGCGCAGAUCGAACUGGGUCCGAGAGCGCAAGGGGGUCGUGGGCGCCCUGCCUCCCAGUCGAUAGUGAGCCCAGGGCCGGAAGGGACGCUGGUGGCCGCGUGUGUGUGUGUGUCAGACGGUGCUAGAAGGAUAGUCUCGUUAAGGGGUACUGACUCCGUACCUGCGGCGCCUCCCUCAGUGCGAGCAAGCGAGCAAGUGGAUGCUUCCUGUGGUGUUUGUGGCUGUGGUGGUGGUCGUGGGCCCAGAUCCCGGCGGGGAGGUGUUGGCUGCUGUGCCGGGGCUGCUGCGGUAGCCACACAAUAGAAAAAAAAAAGAUUGUGCCAUAACUAUUGUUAGAACCCCAGAGUGGCGCUACACGGGCCAGGGACCGACCCGGGGGUUUACUGCUGCCAUCAUGGUGGUGGAUGGCGGCGAGCGGUGAUGAUGCUCGCUACCUCUAAUGAUUCCUCCAGUGGCAGGCGUGUGGCUCACCCCCCGGGGAACAGCAGCAGCAGCAGCAGCACCAGCAGCAGCACCAGCAGCAGCAUCAACAGCAGCAGCAGUAGACGAUACAAGAUCAGUAGCCAGUAUGUGGUCCACAGCCGUGUUCCUGGUCACCCCCCGCAGCCAGCCUCCUGCAGUGGUCGCGGCCUGCCUUCUCCUGGCGCUGCUGCUGCUGCCAUCCUCGGCCGCAGCCACCGCCUCCUCCUCUUCUUCUUCCUCGUCAGCAUCUUCCUCCUCCUCCUCCUCUUCAGGGUUUAGUGGAUCUCCUCGAGCAGGAGAGGUACGCCGGCUGCUCAACGAACACGCAGAAAACCAGCAAUUCGUGUCUUCGCUGGAGUCCCAAUUCUACCAGAUCACUUACCCAGUUCAGCUUCAGCGGCAUGGCAAGUCUCAGGGCAUCUCCACACGUGACGCCAGCAAGAUCACCGCCGAGGUAUGGAAGGGAGCGGGCGAUAGCCAGGUAAAAGUACAGAGCAACCACGUACACCGCACCUCGUACAGGAUCAAGGCCUUUAGCCACGUGUUCACAGUGGACCUUCAACUGAACACACCACUACUGUCCCCAAACUUAAUGGCUCAUCAUCGAACGAGAGAGAGGUCCAGCCAAGUCGAUCAUCAUAUCGAGCACUGUUACUACCACGGGACUGUCAAGGACUACACGGGCGCCAUCGCAGCGUUCAGGACAUGUAAUGGACUGGCUGGUAUCAUUCAACUUGGCAACGAGACCCUCCUGGUGUCCCCUAUGGCUGGCGGUGAGAAUCUGCCCAAACAUCCGCACUUCGUAAUAGAGUCGAAGAACCCACACAUCCACCAGAAGUGUGGGUACCAGACGGGUUAUGAGUGGAGUAUGUGGGAAAGAAACUACAACCGCCUCAGCCACGGUCGGAAGAAGAAACAAACAAGACAUCGCUUUACCAGAGAUGUCCGUGCGACCAUCAAGUACAUUGAGACGGCUCUCUUCCUCGAUAAGAAAUUUAUGGAGGACAGGAACUACUCCCGUGUUAGAGCUCUUAAUGACGCACUACAGAUAGCUAACAUUGCUGACCUGUACUUUAAAACCAUCAACACAAGGAUCACCAUCACCUACCUGGAGACGUGGUCAGGAAGGAACCUCAUCGACUUGGGGAGGAACCAACCCAUCUCUACAGCUCUCAUUAACUUCUACGGCUAUGUGGGCGAGAACCUCAGUGAAUUCCAUAAGGAUACUUCUCAUCUCAUCACAGGUGAACAGUUCCAGGGAGGCGAGUCAGGCAUGGGUGUACCAAACAGCAUCUGUACACCCAAAGCUGCUGGCAUCUCUGUUGACCUGAACGUUUACGAACCUCACCUUGUGGCCUCUACCAUGACGCAUAUGAUGGGACACAACUUAUAUAUGAAACAUGAUGAUGGUAGACCAAACUGUUACUGUCAGGACUGGCAUGGCUGUAUUAUGUCCAAGACUGUAGUCGGUCAAGACAAUGUUCAACCAUCCAAAUUUUCCAAGUGUUCUGUAGAGGAUUAUCAUCAUGCACUACAGAAUGUUGACGAGGCCAGCUGUCUCCUCCACACACCCUCUAAGUUCAAGAAUGCUCGACCCGGUGUCCCAGGGAAGUUACCGGAACAGAGGAGGCCGCGUCCGCCCUUCGAGUGUGGUAACGGCAGAGUGGACGAUGGGGAGCAGUGUGACUGUGGUCCUCGGGAGAAGUGUGACCUCAUUGACCCGUGCUGUGACCCCCUCACCUGUCGACUAAAAUUGGAGGCCGAGUGCGCUACAGGACCUUGCUGUAAUGAUUGUCAGCUGCGGCCAAAAGGGUACAUGUGUCGGAAAGCCCAGACCGAAUGUGACAUACCCGAGUUCUGUAAUGGGCUACACGGCAGCUGCCCCAUGGAUAUAUACAAGAAAACAGGCAACAAAUGUGGUAAUGGGAAGGGCUACUGUUUUAAGGGAAUCUGCCCAACCCUUAACAACCAGUGUGAGCUUAUCUGGGGCUACGGUGGCCAGGCAUCAGAUGAGACGUGCUAUAAACAGUUUAAUGUCGAUGGUGUCAUAUAUGGCAACUGUGGCCGACAUCACAAUGGUAGCUACAUCAAGUGUGAGCUAGGGAACAUCAUGUGUGGGACGCUACAAUGUCAGCACGGAAUGCAGCACCCAGUGACCCCCAACAUGGACCAGAGUUACUCCCGCACUAUUGUAGCCAUGGGAGGCCACGAGUAUGAGUGCAAGACUGUGCGAUAUGAAAUGGGUGACGAGAGAAAGAGAGGAGGGGACUGGACACUGGUACGUGAUGGCACAGCCUGUGGAGAGAAGCUCAUAUGCGUGAAUCAGACAUGCGAGUCAAUCUAUCCAUACAUCGAACCUGGACACUGUGAGACAAAUAACAAUGCCCUAGAGUGCUCUGGUCAUGGGGUAUGCUCCAAUAUCAACUCCUGCUUCUGCACCCCGGGGUGGACUGGGAUAGACUGCUCCAUUUUCGACAACAGCUCUCUCUACACCACACCUAACCCCAGGAAUCACGAAGCGCAUUCCUCUCCACCCACGGAGAAGACCCCAGCCUCUAACACUUCAGGCAACACCUGGGACCCAAAACAAGGACGCAACACACAAUAUGUCGGGCAACAGGGCAAUGAUACGGUGUACCUCGUGGUGGGGUUGGUGUCAGGCAUGGGCGGGGUGUUCUUUGCGUUCGCGUUCAUGGCUUUGUGCUACAGGUCAGUGGUAGUCCACCAAAAUUUCUCCCUGUGUCUAAGACGUAAGACCACGAUGCCUAAGUAUGACGCGCCGUACCUCAAAAGACCCAUAGUGAAGAAGCCUCCCCAGCAGCAUCUUCAGCCAAUGAUGAGUAAGACAGAGGAAACGUCACUCGAUAUGGGUAGUCGAAUUACCUUUGGCAACAUGCCCAGCUAUAGCCCUGGACGGCCACCACUGAGUCCGACACUAUCUCGCAGCAGGUCGCUUGACUCCUGCCGUGAGCACAAACUGCAGACGACGAUGAGGCGGCCGGGACCUCCAGCAGGGGGCUCUCAGUCAGAAGAAGAGGCACUUCAGUCAGCCACAUCCUGGAACCUUAGAAUUUGGGAGGACGAGGCGGUGUCGUUUAUUGAGCUACCAUCUAACAACCUGAGCAAGAUACCCGAGAAGGGAAUCCUGAAGAAGUCAUAUGGCCUCCUCACGCCAGCAGAGAAGGAGAAAUGGGGUGAGGAGUCCCAGAGCGACAACAACGAUGUCCUAAGUCAGAGUGAUAACAAUGCCGAUCCCGAGUGCCAAGUCUCCGAAGUUGAGCGGACACUUAAGAGUCUCAAUGGCUACCACGAGGAUAUCAUCGACGCUCUGAAGCGAGCCGCAUCUCACCGCUCUGGAGCGACCUCACUGUCCUCUGACGAGUUGCACACCGCUCAUCACGACACCUACCCACGCUUUCCACCCGGUGCUUCGGCUCUGGGUGGCCCUGCAGAGUUCACAAGACUGAAAGCCUCACACGAGAAGCUGGCCGACUCUGGAGGAGAGGAAGAGCAGGUGCCGCCGUGUGGCCCAAUAAGGAUCCGCAACCUAGAAGACUUGAUACGCCAGCUGGAGCAUCAUCCGUCACGCCACAUGUCGCCUUCAGGCUCAGAGGAGAUCCGGAUGAGCGAGACGGAAGCCGAUCGCCACUACCGCCUCGACUCGUCAUCCUGCACAGAGUCACAAGGGUAUGUGAGGCCGUGGCGCAGAGGGCAGGAGUUUGGGCACGGGGACUUCGGUGGUCCUCUGGCGGGGCCGUCAGGCUCCCCUGGGACCCCUGGAGACAAAUUGGCAGAACUGUUGCAGUUGGCUUCCCCAGAAGACCACGAGAGGAUCCUACGUGCCGCGGCCAUGCUGUCCCCAGAGAGUCCCACAAGGUCCCCAGGCACCCACAGAGGCAGAGCAGACAAUGGUGGAAUGGGUUUCGUAUACGGUCGGUACAGACAACCUCCAAGCAGCGGGAGCGGGACGGGGUCAGCGAGCGGGCGUGGCUCAGACAGACUAGGUAGUGGCGGACACGAAUUCUCAGACGGGGCCGACAGUCAUGCCUUCACAGAGGAGGAUGACCUUGAGAGACCUGAUGCUGGUGAGACGGCAGACUCUGAGAGUGAUGAGUACUCGGCGAGACCACCCAGUGCCCUCCUGCGCUCUGCCAGCGAAGAAGCACUGCCUGUGACACGCUAUGAGGCUGCGAGGUUUGAGGCAGCUUCGCCCCGGGACCCCCGCCUCUAUUCGCCGCCCUCCGAUGCUGCUUCCUACCACGACGACCAGGACUUCCCGCCCACAGAGCAGCAGAACGAAGAACCACAAGAGGCUGCCGACCCAGACCACGCCCUCCUGCCCCAAAGGAGGUAUCCUGAGUACAAGCACUGACACUGGCCCCACUAGGAAACUGGGAGGGCCAGAUUUGUCCAGAACAAGCUCACUCAUUCACUGUUGAUGUAGAGCUUAUAGUUCUGGAUUGCCAGUGCAUCUUCCUCCAAGUAAAAGUAGCAAUUUAUGGUAGGCUUACGACUCUGUAAUUGCUACAUUUACCUUUGUGGAGCCAACUUGUGGCUGCAGACAUUUAUACUUUAGGCAGCUAAGUGCAGGCUGGGCAGGUUCUCUACUGGUACAUUAACCAGCUUUUGCCACAAGUUCAUCCAUGUUAGAUCCUGUGUGGAACAAGUUACUUGCUGCAAUAGUAGUGACAGAUGGGUUGCCAUGAUAGUGAAAGCUGCUCCUCUGUGUUAGUGAGAAAUGGACUGCCAUUCUAGUGAAUUAUAGACAGCUAUGCUAGUGAAAUAAGGCCCCCUAUGGAGUGGUGCCCUGGGCCAAGACUCUCUGCUCUCUACCCCGAGAAGUGUUCAUCAACCAGCUCUUAUCAAGUCUCCUAGUGCCCUGACUCUCGCCUCACAAGGGAUAUGCCACUGUCAACAAUCAUAUAAUUUUACAUUGUACAGUAUUAAUUUUUAGAGUAAAAGUCAUCUAUGGAAAAGGUUUAAUAGGGCCCAGGUUACGAAUGUUCUCACUGUGUGUCUCAAAUACACCUCUGGUGAGAUUGAAAAAAAUAGGAUUUUAGUUUGCUAAUGCAGACUUAGCCGUCCAGCGCACGAGUGAUACUCCACUUCUUCACCAUCAAGAUGUCAGUUCUGUUGCUCAAACCGAGUGAAGAAUCUCAACUGUGUAAUACCUUGAGAUGUCAGUUGGGAUACGACCCCAAUGUUUCCGUUUAUGUGUGUAAUGUAAAUGUAGUUGACGAGCCAGUGAUGACUAGACUUAAUCUAUCAGUCUCUACGAGUUUGAAUUUUGCGAGUAAAUCUCCGCUUACGAAGACUGAGAGGUUAACCAGUUCCUUCACUGUCAGUACCUUGUCAACGUUCUCCCAGAAUCAUCACUGGAAUUAAGUGUUUAUACGUACAGUUGUGUAUCUCACACACUGCCCAUUUAAAUCUUUUUCACAAUGUAGGUGGCCAAGGAUGCUCACCCAGUACCUUGUAAAUAGUUUUCUAGACAGGGUGUCAACGCUUACCCUUUGCUGCACUGCAAAAAGUUCAAUGCCAGCAUGAGGGUUGAGGCUUGUCUACCGGCCAUUGUGGUCAACAUAACAGCCGGCAGACGACCCACCAGCUGUAGUGGCCGGUUGGCUGUUCUUCACAGCAGGAUCUUUAUGACCUUAAACUUUUCACUCAGUAUAUGACACUUCCAUCCUCCUGAAAAGCUUGUGCAUAAAGCAGGUGUGUUUCAGAGAUAGAAGGUUGACACUACUCGCAUAUUCUUAAUUACCUUCAAUUUCUUUGAAGGAGCAAGUCGUAACUUUCAACAGUGUGAGUGUCGCCGCUCACAAUGUUGCAGGUGUGUGAAAGCAUGAUCACCUUAUUUUAAUAUUCUUGCUCUCCAUACUCCAAACAGAUAAUGCUUUUGAACAAUACACAUUUUCAGGAACUUCAACAUCUAAAUACCUACAAAAAAUACAUCAAUUGAUCAGAUCUUCUAAAACUAGAGAAUUGAUGAAUGACAAAAAGAAUAUUUCUUUAUAGAGCAAAGGACAGAAGUUGCUAUGACAGACAAGAGGUUCAUAAUAACACUGUACAUUAUUAAUACGUAGUAGAUGUAGCCCAACUAGUGAGGUUCAGCUACGGAGGAUCUCUCUUAAGACUAACCCUCUGUCCUCAUUAUAAUCAAAAGAGGAACUACAGGUUGUACUGCAAACUUAUCUCACCAUGAGUGAGCAACAACUCUCCAGCACCUCACACUCCAAGUGAUGCUCAAGUGUGUAAAAUAUUAUUCAUCAAGUGAAAAGUCAUGUAAUAUCGGCCAUUGCCUUCUGAGAAGGUAAAGUGAAGGCUGAUUUGAAAAAAAGUGAAAGAAAUGUUAACUUCUAUGAAAAAUUGCCUUCUAAGAAGGUAAAGGAGUGAAUGAAGAUUGAGGGUAACAGCUUAAACUAACCAAGAGACAUAAAGGACCCCCUACUCAUGUGUUAAAUGUGACUCAUGUCUGUGCUUGAACUAGCAAUGCCCAUUGGAGAUCACUACUUUAAAUGACAACCAGUCUAGUCUGUAUCAAAGAUCUUCUGUCCUACUGCCCAUCACUCACCCUCAUUAGUCACACAAUUAGGCUCAUCAGAGGUAAAAGGUGUUGACUGCAGGACUCCACUGCUCAACAUGGGGCGAGGAUGAUGGAGUCGUUGUUCCAUAAGAGUACACAAGAUAAUGGAACACCUUAUCAGAGAAAGAAUAAGGUGAUGUAGUGUAAUGGUCUCAUCAUGACAAAGGAAUCUACACAGUUUAAAUCAUGUCACAUCCUUGUCAUACAAAGAAGAGCUUCUUUCAUUAUGUGAAUCAUUCUUGUUAAGCCUCAUUAAUUCACUUCAGGAGACAAGUAACAGUAAUAACUGCUGCUAUAAACAUUAUUUCCAGCUAGACAAAAACUGUAGAUACAAAUAAAAGGUCGAGCAUUAAUGUACACUUUAAGUUUAGAGAUAAAUUGUUAAAUACACACUGUACAGUGUGACAUGUACACCAACCAAUACUGAAUUAAUGAGGGCUGACUCCAUGAACAAUGAGCACCUCUCUCGUAUGACACUGGCGGAGGUACACCACAGUAAGGUCUCAUACCACAAUAAGUUAUGUUAAACAAUGUCUUGCUCAUUUGCUUUAGUUUAUGUAAGUUAAAGGCAGGUUAGAAUGAUCAAGGCACCUCCAGGAAUAUAGUCAAUUUGUACUAAAAAAUAACUGAACAUUUAUUGUGUCCAGCAAAAUACCUGUCAGUAUUGUGAUGUGUCAUAUAUGAUAUACACAACACCUGUCAGUAUUGUGAUGUGUCAUAUAUGAUAUACACAACACCUGUCAGUACUGUGAUGUGUCAUACAUGAUAUACACAAUACCUGUCAGUAUUGUGAUGUGUCAUAUAUGAUAUACACAACACCUGUCAGUAUUGUGAUGUGUCAUACAUGAUAUACACAACACCUGUCAGUACUGUGAUGUGUCAUACAUGAUAUACACAAUACCUGUCAGUAUUGUGAUGUGUCAUACACAAUGCCAUGAAUCACAGUUGAAAUAUUCAUACAUUCCUACUGUACUUUGUGGGAACUCAUGCAGUAAAGAUAGUGUAAGAGGCACCUAAUGUUUGUGUUACUCUGACCGGCUAGUGAACAAUGUUAUGCUGAUGACCCAUCGUCUUCCAAUGAUUGAGACCAACACAAGCUGUGUGGUGUUGUUGGGUGAACACAUGUUUCAAUUGUCAUUCCUUGAAGGUUUACCUUUUAUUAUUAUUAUAAUUACAGUAUUAUAUAUAAGUUACUAAAUAAUCUUUAUAUACUUAAUAUAGUGACAAUAUUUCAGACUAUACAAUUAACAUUUAUAUUCAUGCCAGCCUGAGGGUUAUUACUACUGUACUUGUCUGUUAGAAUUUACUAAAUAUAUUUAUAUAAGACACAUACAAUAUGUUUUAAAUUAAAGUUUGUAUAUUUUGACAUAAAAUAAGAUUAUGAAUAUAUUCUAUGGGUACAAAAAAAAUAUUGGACAAGAGAAUUAUAUACUGUACUGUACUGUAAUAAUUAUAGAGAAGAAGUCUACCAUACUGUAAGUCUCCACGUGACGAAGACCACACACGCUUGCUACCAUUACACAGUUCAUGUCUUGGAACUAAACCAUUCCUCUCUAGCUUCCAACCUGAUAUAUAUAUUUAAAUUUUAUUCAUAUAAAAAUAAUUUCUUGGUGAAAAUUAUAUUACUGGCAAGAUAUAAAAAACAAUAUACGAGUAUAUAAAAACCAUUACUGUAUACUGUACAGUAAUAGUGAAAUGCUGGAAGGAAGGUAUAGUGACUAAUGUUAUAUUAUUUUAUGUUAAGUUAUUACAGUCUGGUUUAGUUGACAGCUCUCACAACACCUUCUUAAGGUUCAAAAUCUCUUGGGCUGUAAUAUUUAUAUUUUGGAUCACUUGAAUAUUAGCCCCCAGCCUAUUUUACCUAAAGAUUAACCACCCCAAUCCUAAGCUAACUCAAUCUAACCUAACAUAAUCCCACCUAAUUUAACCUCGCCCAACUUAACAUAUUUCCACCUAACUUAACCUGACCCAGCCUAACUUAAUAUAACCUAACUUAACCUAACAUAGCCCAAACCAACCUAAUGCAACCUAAAUCAAACUAACACUAAUCUAACCCUACAGGUAGCAUUAGGAUGUUUAACACUCAGGUGAACUAAGCAAGGGAAGCUAAUCCUCAGGUGAUCCCAUAUUUUCUACUGUACUGUAUAUAUUAUUCUGUUCCUUGAUAAAUAACUCCUGUAAAUCACCAAGAGAACAGCAAGGUGUGUUCUCUGUGUUAACUACCUGUAUAGAGAUAUUUUUGUUUUAUUUGACUGUAUAUUUUCACAAGUGCUGUAUACACCUUUCUGUGAUGCAGGGAAUGAGUGGACGACAAGGGCAAAAUACUGCUCACAAAGUAUCACUGUUAAAAAUUGUUGCUAGAGUGAAAUUUUAGAGUUUGUGGACCGAAAUAUGAGAGAAGCUAAGAGUCUACAUACCGAGAGCUAAACCAAGGUAUUGUAGUGUAGUUCUAUUUCAAAAUGUUUGCUUUUUAAGUCUAUGUCACAGGACGCACUGUAACCACACCGUUGAGUCAUAUUUUCUUUUAUUAUUUACUUCAACUUUAUAAAAAUAAUUGCUCUGGUUGAAAUAUGUCCAUAUCGUAUAUUAAUCUCUUGAUUGUAUUAUUAUUUUGUAUUGUUCUUUCUGAAUAUUAAUUCUAUCUUCUGGUAAAAUGUCAGUUUAACACAAAGAAUUAUUUCAUAAAAUAUCUAAAUGUUUGUUUACCAAUAAACACUGAAAAUUAGGUAACUGUGAACUUAAAAGUUUAUCAGACAAACAGUUGACAGCAAGAGUUGGGCCCACACAACAACUGCGUCUUAAUAAAUGAUCGAUGUAUUACUGUCACAAAUAAUUUAUCACCUCAAAAUUAGCCCCCUUAACCUAACUCAGCCAAAGCUAACAUAAACCUAACCUGAUCGUACCCCCCAGGUAGCAUUAGUGUUGAAUCAUCAGGUGAAAUAAGCUGGAGGGGGAUAAUCUUUAGGUGAUGCAAUAAUUCUUAUUGAAUCUCUGGUACAAAUGAUUCACAGAUGAUGAAGGUGACAGUAUACAACAAUAACAGCACAGCUACCCAUUCUAGCCUACCUUUAACAAGCUACAGCAAUGACCAAUUGUCUUUUAUAAAUACAGUACCUUCAUUUGCCCUCAGUUAGAUCAAUAUGUUAUUAACUAUAAAAUCUGCUUUAUAGUCAAUCACUAAACAUUUUCUUUAUAUACGGUAGUAUGAUCAGCUUUCUUCACAAAAAUUAUCUGUUUUUCAUACACUACAGUAAUUCUGAUUAAUUAUUCAAAAUUCACUUAUAUUUUUUUCCUUGUUUUCUCUCUUGUGCAAAUCUUGGUUGUAAUGAGGUGUAAGCAGUGUUGGGUGAUGAUCUCUACACUGUGUGGCCGUCACUUGUCCAACAUACUGGAGAGGUCAUCAUAAUUAACCUGUGUACAGAAUAGUUUUAUAUAUAUAUAUAUAUAUAUAUAUAUAUAUAUAUAUAUAUAUAUAUAUAUAUAUAUAUAUAUAUAUAUAUAUAUAUAUAUAUAUAUAUAUAUAUAUAUAUAUAUAUAUAUAUAUAUAUAUAUAUAUAUAUAUAUAUAUACUGUAGUAGUAUAUAUAUAAGUUCAAAACUUCACCGACGGACUAACUACGAGAUGAGAGAUUUCAGUUGCGGUACUUUUAAUGAAUAGUUUCUCGUUAUCUGUCAUAACAUAAGCUGAAGAUCACAAUGUAAACUUAGUAUCGCUGGAUCUCGAGUCCCGGACAAAAAGCAGAACCUCAAAUUCCCUCAAGUUGUGUAAUCAGAAAAAUGUGUGGGCUGCACUGUUGAACUUUUCACCCUGAAAUAUACUGUACUCUGUUACAUCACUAUAAUGUUGGAAGAGCAACUAUCACAUUACUUAAUCUUUAUUGUUUCCUCACUACUCGGUACAUGAACAUAUAAUCAAAAUAAAUGACAAUACAAACCCCAUUAUACUGGUUCAAGAAUACAGCCCACAUACACUAUUAGUAGCAAAAUAAGGUUACUACAUUAUUCCAUUACUUUAUUUUGUAGUAAUUACGGUCAUAAUACACAAAACAAACUUGGUAUAAGGAUGUAAUAAUUAGCAGAACAUUUCCAUAUUGGUUUGUGUGUGCUUUUUGUAUUAUGUGUUUCGUGCAACUUAAAAUACUCACAAGUAACAAUCGUUUAUUCAUACGUAUUAAAUCUAAUGUCUUUCAUGUUUUGUAUUAAAGAUGCUUGGUGUGCUAUUUGUUCUUAUACCCAAUAAUGUAAAUUACAUCCCGGAUAUUAACAAACAUUUAAGAUACUGUAAUACACAUUUUAAAUUUUUUGUCAUUCUCAAGUUGACAGAAGUGAUGUUUAGGAUAUAAAUAUUAUAGAUAUUGUUGAGAUGGAGAUUAUCAGCAAGUUGUGCUACAGGUAAACUAAAGGCUCAAAGUUUGUAGUUUUGUUCAGAAAUGUUUCACUGACGUAGCUAAUAUUUACAUAAUGGUAAUACUGUUGUUUUGUACUCACAACAACAAUGUGAGGGUGUGUGUGGGUGGUGCAUCCGUGGGGCUGAGGGAGGUGUGCACUGAAGGCCAGUCAUGAGGGUCAGGGAAGAAUACACUCAAGAACAGUUAUGUGGGUCAGGGUGAGGGAAGAACACACUCAAGAGUCAUGUGGGUCAGGGUGAGGGAAGAACACACUCAAGAGCCAUGUGGGUCAGGGUGAGGGAAGAAUACACUCAAGAACAGUCAUGAGUGUGAGGGAAAACACUCAAGAACAGUUAUGUGGUUCAGGUUGAGGAAAGAACACUCAAGAAUAGUCAUGGGGGUGAGGGAAAUGCACAGUGAUGAACAGUCAAAUAGUGUUCUUAAGUAAUACCUUUUUUUAUAAUUUCCUAUUAAUUCGGGCGACGUAAUCUAUUCCAAACAAUAUUUGGCAAACUUAAAGAAAAGAUAAGGGCUUGUGCUUUAAUUUUCUACCAUUCAUUUUAUGAACAUUGGAUGGAUGGACACACACACACACACACACACACACACACACACACACACACACACACACACACACAGGUAGCUGGACAAGUCCCUUAACAUUUGAGUUAAAGUGUUAAAAGAGUCCCUUGUGGAAGUAACAUUCAUAACAAACACUUCAGCCCAUGGAGGUACAGAAUUCUACAUCAUGAUAUCUGUUACUUACACUUUCAAAUACAUACAGUGAACAUGUCAAAGAAAGAAACAGUGUGUGUAGGUCAUAGAGGAGUACAGUACAAACCCAGGCCUUGAGUGUGUAACGAACUCGAGGAACUACAGUAUACAGCAUAACACAAGCAUGAAGGGAUUUUGUAAACUCGUUCUACUCUACACUACGGUACAGUCAUCCAUUACUUAUACUGUAUUGUAUAUUGAAAUUAAAGGAGGUAAUUCAGUAUGUACUUAUUGAUAAAAUAAUAUUGUUUGUUAUUAAUAUAUUUUAUCAAGAUACUGUCCAGAAAGAAUUCAGCUUGGUUUCAAUGUUGAACCAACCUUAAAAAUAUACCAGGUAACCGAGUACAGUACUACAAUGUAUGUAAUGUACACACGUCAGUUUACUUGUUAAUGUUAAAAAUAUGUAACUGGUAUAAUAUGUAUUCCAUCUUCAAAAUAUAAAUCCCUCUAGAGCACUAGUAAAGUACAAUAUCAGGUAACAAUAGGUACUGUAGUUUGAAGGCAAACAUACAGUAAAUUAUAUAUUAAAUAAAUAUUGCCUAAUUCACUUUAAAAGUAUGAACAAAUGUCUUUUUUCUUUUUUUUCUUUUUUGGUGUUGAAAUAAGUUUUGAACAGCACUGGACCAUUGGGCAACAAUGAUCUUCUAACUUCUCAAAUAGUACUACUAAACCUUUAAUUAAACCUUAUCUUCUUCACCACUUCCUAGCAGGUUGGUCAGUUCUGUUACACACUGUUGGCAAGUACUGAACGGAUACAUUCUGUACAGGGAAUUAAAACUCAAAUUCGUACUUGUUAAUGAGGUAUUAGUAGUAUUAUGGGUGGGAUAGUGUUGACUUUUAAAGUGUAGAAGUCAAUAAGGCUGGACCUGAGGUGACUGUCAGUUCAGCCCCCACUGGCCCACCACAUCCACCCCCACCAUAACUUAUGGUAUUUGUUACCCUUAAGUAGGUCUUCUUAGGCAUUUAGUAUAGCACCUAGUCAGACAUUCAUUCCAUAUCUCAACACAUGAUAGUUUUGCCCACUUAGUAAUUCAACCACAACGCUCUCCAUUGAACGGUGAUUCGCAUGGUCGCAUUUAGCAAAAAGAAAUAAACUAAAAACAUCAGACAAUCAAAAUGAUAUUGUUCAGUGAUGUACCUAAAUUAUUAUAGAAGUGAAUAUGGAGGGUUGCUUUUAGCUGGAUGUGACAUGACUUACGGUCGAUAGAGUGGCGGCAUUAGAGAUUCUGGGUCGUAGAUUUAAGCCUCAAUAAGGUGAACCAUCUUUUUGAACAUUGUGAAAGUAUGUCUUAUUGUCGCUGUAAAACAAGACUCGGAACUGAAUGCCUCGCUCACAAUCUUCAUUUCCCCCAACCACGUACUUUUCUUCUUCUUAGGUGAAUAUGUUUCUCUUUAUCAAUUAUUUCUCCCAUUAUCCAUUUAAAAUUUUCAUGUCUGUUGGGAGUUGAACAGGAUGUGGAUCAUCACACAAAUUGGACUUGUUUAUUGAAACCUGUUUGUACAGAAGUUAUAAUAAAUCAUUGUACAUA